CAUCGAGUGCUGCUGCUGGUGCAGUGCAGACGUCGGAGCUGCCUAGUAGGGCUGUCACUCUCCCCUCCGUUCUCGCCUCCAGCUCUCUCCCACCGUCUUACCUUUCCGUCCACACAUGAUGCUGCGCUUGUUCCCUUAGCCCCGACCAGUGCCUCUACCACCGUUGUAUCCACUCUCUCUUCCUUCCACCACAUCAUGGCCUCGGUCCCAGGUUACCCGGCCUCCGGCAGGCCACAGCCAUCCGACCAUAAUACCCCAUCUACCCCCCAGAACGAGGUGUCUGGGAGCGUGAUAAGUCGCGCUUCGUCGGCUGGAUCGGCUGAGGAUCAUGACACCGUCUUACUCAACGGCCCCUCCGAUACAGCCACUCAUGGAUCCCCGACUACUACCAGCCCGCCCACCGUCGAUUCGUCCAGUUACGAGCCGCGCCGGUGUUGGAUUUGCUAUACAGAUGAGACAGAGGAGUCGCCCCUCAAUUCACAAUGGCGCUCACCGUGUCCUUGCGCCUUGACGGCCCACGAAGCUUGCCUGCUCGACUGGCUCGCCGAUCUCGAGAAUCCCCGAUCUCGGAGGCGCAACGGCCAUAUUGCGAAGAUGGUGUGCCCGCAAUGCAAGUCGGAGAUUGUUGUGUCGCGCCCACGCAGCUAUAUCGUGGAUAUCGUGCGGUUGUUUGAGCGCCUCGCUGGCCGACUGGUCCUCCCGGGCAUGGUCUUCACUCUGGGCGGCACCGUCUGGGCGGGGUGCUGUGCACAUGGCGUUUAUUCGAUGUACUUUGUGUUUGGAACCGAGGAAGCUAGAAUGAUCUUGGAGGAGACAGCAGACGGGGCAUGGAAUUCAGGCCUCAACCUCGGGUUGCCUCUUAUACCCCUGGUGUUGAUCUUCUCGCGCACCCGGUACGCAGAUGGGCUUCUUCCUGCCAUCCCCGUCAUGUUUUUCGCUACGCACCAACCCGGACAGGAGCUGGAAUUGGAUCUUUGGCCGCCCAGUGCGGCAGUGACGUUUGCUGCUCUUCCGUACCUGAAGAGCUUUUAUGGCACCCUUUACGAGAGAAUGUUUGGCAAGCUGGAGAGGAAAUGGAUUGCAGAGGUGCAGCCGCGCCAGUCGGAUAUCAACGAAUUCGAUGAUAAUGCGCCGCCAGAACACCCUGAGCCGGACCCGCCCAAUGACAACGGACUGCUGAUGGAGAUUGAUUUGGAACUACAGGUUGGGAUGGGCGGCGACGACGGACCACAAGGGUUGCUCGGGUUCAACGGCGGAAACGCGCAGGGUGAGGGACAAGGGCAGAACCAGGAUGGAGGAAACGGGCAAGCCUUGGGCCUGGCUCGGAGGGAUGACUUGAUCCACGACACAAGCAGUUUGGCCGACAUCAUCCUCGGGGCGCUUGCGUUCCCGGCCAUUUCUGCCUCGAUGGGUGGCCUGUUGAAGUAUGUAUUACCGACAUCGUGGACGACACCAUCGACGCUGAGCAAGGCCAAGCCGGGGCUGCUGCAGACCCGUUGGGGCCGGAGUGUGGUUGGAGGUUGUGCGUUUGUGCUUUUGAAGGAUGCGUUGGUCUUGUACUGCCGGUGGAAAUUGGCACAAACCCACCGACGACGCAAGGUGUUGAACUACGAUCGAUCGAAGAAGCGGGUGACUAGUAAGGAGUGAUGGAUUGGUUAUGAGCGCAGUGUAACGAUGCAUUUCUGGCGUUAUUCUGAUUGAUCGGAUGGUACUGAGAUACACUCUUUGCUGGUUUGCGUUUGAUAUGAGCGAUGAUCCAUCGGUAAAGCAACCGAGUGGUAUGCAGCAUACUGAAAAUAACACAAAAGAUCUCAUCGCA